UGGGGAGUGCUAAAAAAAUAACUUCGAUCGGAACCAUUAAACGGCUCGCCGUUUCAAGCGGAAUUAUAUUCCAGACGGACGUUGUUGCCACAGGCAGCCGCUGGCGUCGUUUUGAGUCAACUUUUCGGUUUCCUUUUUCAACAUUUUCCAAUAUAAAAGCUCUGAUGAAUACUACUGAAGCGCAUGAUUUAAAAACUAUUUGAUGAUAUUAAACUCGAGUUGCUCAUCGUUAACAGUAUGAAUCCUUGUUAGCCAAUGAAGAGCGGAUUAUCAUCCUUGUUUUUCUUCGAUGGUGCGCGAAGCUCUCGGUCAACCCUGCAGCAAAGUGCCUGACCGAAACCCCAAAUGUUUCUGAGACGAUCAGCCUCUUCUUCAUGAGCUUGUUUACAUUGACUCGCAAUGACAGAACGUUGUCCUUUAGCAGAAAAGGCGAAGUCGGAGGGUUACGCUCGUCUCAGAUUCAAGGACACAUCGCUGCUUAUUUGGCAGCAGCAACAGAUGGAGCUGGAGAAAGCGCCGCCGAGCAACUACCUGAGCCGCAGUCGGAGUACAUGCUACAGCCAGUACGGCAACCAAGCUGUGGUGAUACGAGACAAAACCAAACUCGAGGCAAAAGACUCUGACAGCAGUGGACAAUCCCGAAUUUGUUCUGUUAUGUGAUAUGAUUUUCUGUUACUAUACACCGUUUAAUUUUUUUUAUUUCGCUUUUUAUAUAGUCACAUUGCCAUAGGCAGAUGGCAUAACAAUGACUUGAACUUGGCCUUAUGCACAUCUGAAAACUGCAGUAUUUAUCUCUAUUAUACUUAAUGUAUUAUCUAUAUCUCUGUGAGCAUCUGAUCACAGUGCCGUAUUCUAAUCCAGUGCUACUGGGUUACCAAAUUGUAAUUUUCAACACUACAGAUCACACCUUUCUAUGAAUAGACUAUAUGGUGCGGUUUCCCGGACAGGGAUUAGACUAGUCCUAGACUAAAAUAAAUGUAAGAGCUGUCCAAACUAAAAACAACUUGCACUGACAUAUCUUAAAAUACAUCAGUGCCCUUUGUUUGGCCUCAAAAUGCACACAAGAAAUGUUUUGAGUAAGGCAUGUUUGUUAAAACUAGUUAUAUUUCCUAAUUAAACAAAGGCCUAGUCCUGGUUUAAGCUAAUCUCUGUCCAGGAAACCACCCCUAAAAGUAUGUCCCCAUCAGUGUUAACCUGGUUUAAGUCUUAUUUAUCCAGUUAUUACUUUAAUGACAUUUACAAUUGACAAUAAUCUUGGGUCAAAUAUGUUGUCCCACAGGGUUCAGUUUUAGGCCCCAUCCUUUUCUCAUUGUACAUGGUUUAUUUUUUUGAGAAUUGAACAUUUUACAAAGCUUUUAAUACAUUAACAAUAUACAGUAGCUAGAGAGUAAAACACA